AAUAUCACGAGACCGGAAAUUCCGCUUGUACUUUCUUUUUCUUAAAAAGGAAGUGAUGGCCUGAACGCGUCGUUAUUAUAGUGAGGGCAGUGAACGAGGAAACAUGUCUUUCAACCACUAUGUUUUGCCUGGUGGUACAGGCCCCCAAGCAAAUUUUAUGAGACAGAUGGUCCCCGGGAUGCCAAUGCAGGUCACACAAUUUCCCCAGCAGGUGCGGCCGGUUGGAGAUUUUAAUCCUGUCCCUCAGUUCCAAAUCCAACACCAGACACAGAUUCCCCAUCAGCUUCAGUACCAGCACCCAGUGCAACAAUACCCAUUUAUGCAGUACCAGCAACCGAUGCAACAGAUUCAGCCACCUGUUGCUCAUGCAGAAGUUUACGAACCACCGCAACCAUUGCCAACCGUGCAACAACAACCAAUGGCGCAACCCCCACCUUCGCAAUCCUCAUCUUCGGUACAGGAUUUUAACCAAUCCAUUGUCAGGAAAUCCAUUGAAAUUCUCUGUCAGUGCAAGAAACCAAUGUCAGCGACUGAACUCUCCCAACAACUGGGUUCACAAAUUGUGCGACUGAGUGAAAAACAGCUGAUUGAAGUUCUGAGUAAUUACCCCAACAAUUUUACUAUUUAUGCAAAGGAAGGAACUGAAGACUACAUUUUGACUGUUUGCACAAAGUUGGGUCUGUGUAAAGAACACUGCUCCAAGCAGGGCCAAUGUCCUGGGAUACCAGUUUGUGAUGGUUUACAUAUUUGUAAGUUCUACCUAUUGUCCAAUAGCUGCAGGGUUGAAAAACAGGGGAAAAACUGUCUGUUUGGCCAUGACUUAACAUCUCCUCACAACAUGUCAUUGUUAAGACAGAACAUGUUAGAGCAUUUAAGUGUACACAGCAUCAAAAAUCUGUUUCGUACUACUGAGAGUCGAGGAAGGACAACAAUGCCAAGCAUAUGCAAGUUUUAUAACAUCAAUGUUGGAUGCCGUGCACAGGAAGAUGGAAAGUCAUGCCCUUAUUUACACAUCUGCAAAUUUUAUGUCAUAGGACAGUGUAGAUUUGGAAAGAGAUGCAAGAGAGGUCAUGAUGUUUUUGAUCCACAAGUUAAAGAAAUCCUGACAAAGUACGGCAUUAAUACUAACAGAACUCCCAAGGAGCUUCUGCAGGAGAUUCGUAACGUGGAGUUUGAUGUGUUUGAUGAUGCUAGCAGCCAGACCUCUGCACAGAGUAAAGAUCCGUACAGAACAGGAGUAGAUUCGGAUAACGAGGACCCGUCUGAACUGGACGAAUCUUCGUCGAGUUCUUCCCCUGAUGACCCACCUGCCGACAUUUGUAUAUUUCACCUGAGAGGACGCUGUGCAUUUGGCAAAAGCUGUCGUAAAUCUCACAAAAGUAUGACAUACCAGUGGCAGUACCGCAAGAAGGGCCUGAACCAGUGGGAUGACUUUCAACGUGAUCACAAUUUCGAAGUAGAGUGCAACUUCAGCGAUGUUAUUAGGAGCGAGUGUUACAUCAAAACUGACUCUGGAAUACUGAAGUUGGACUUUGACACAAUGGAUGCCGUCCUACUGGAGAAGAACCAGAUCGUGGCCCAGAUGUUUAUACGCCGGCUGUCCACCCCAUCAUCUGAAGUGGAAAAGUUCCAACCAUUGGCCACUGUGUGGAAGUGGUUCUGGCAGAAUAACGACGAAAUCUGGGAGGAGUAUGGACAAGCAAAUUACCCAGCGAACAGAUAUCAGUCUUCAGUGGACAGCUCUAGCAUGGAGCAGAACUUCUUGAAGAACCCGACUGGACAGCUCCAAUUCAGUACCAUGGGUUACAAAUAUGUGAUGGACUUUGAGCAGUUGCUACAAAAGAACAGCGAGAACGGCACGGAGAGGAAAGUCCGAAGAAGGCCAGUGUAUGUGGAUGAGAAAGAAAUGGAGAAAAACAAGAAAAAGGCACCAGAAGCAGGCUCGCAGACAGGAAAAGUGGUCUCCAUGGUAACGGGUCCUGCACUGAUUCGCCCAAUGCAGAAUUAUAUCCCAGCAGAGUGGGAGAUUCACCAGAUUCGGAUGGGAGGACAGCAGCAUGUGAUAGAGCACUUCCAGAGGACAGUGAUAACUGGGGACAAUACACCGAGAAUAGCAGAGGAAGUGAAGAAAAUCAAGGAGUUGUUCUACCAGACCAUGUCCCCCAAUCAGUACAUCACCUGUAUAGAGAGGGUGGAGAAUGGAGAGUUAUGGAUGAACUAUGUCAGUAAGCGUGAGAAAAUGAGCAUGAAGAAGCGGUCAGGUGAGCUGAACGAGAGAAGGUUGUUCCACGGCACAUCCAACAAGUACAUCGAUGCCAUCUGUAGGCAGGGGUUUGACUUCAGAUUCAGCGGUCAGUCAACUGGUACCAAGUAUGGGAAGGGUAGCUACUUUACAAAGAGCGCCAAGUUUGCGGACAGCUACACUGACAGGAGCCGAGACAAGGAGAUGUUUCUGGUACGAGUAGUAGCAGGGGAUUUCACCAUAGGGCACAGCAGCAUGGUGCGACCGCCCCACAAGUCCCCGAGUAACCCGUUUGACCUGUUCGAUUCUUGUGUAGAUGACAUGAGGGAUCCCAACAUUUUUGUCAUUUUCACGUUUGAUCAGGCGUACCCCGAGUACGUCAUUAAAUACAGAUCAUAGUCUGUUUCUUUGUGAGUAUAAAAAUUUGGCCAGCUAAUUAAGGUUGUUAAUCAUGAGGUCCUUUACGAUCUGUUGCGAUUUGACUUAAGAAUUACUCUACUUCACAUGUGUAUUUGAGAUUUAAUUGAUGAUUAUAUCCGGGACAUCAUUAUAUUAAAACCCCCACUGUAUUUGCCCCAGUAAGCCCUCGAGCCCAUAAGCAUGCUACAUGUACUUACACCUGCGUGUAUUUUCAGUCUGAAGUCUUAUGCUUUGCUCAAGUGUAUGCAAGAUAUAUGGGAGUCCAGAUUCCUUUAGUUUUGUUUCGUGUAUAUGUAUCAUAGUUUUCAAGCUGAUAUUGCCUAUUAUUUUGCUGUUUGUCCACCUGUAUAGAUAUUGCCCAUUAUUUGUCCACCUGUAUAGAUAUUGCCCAUUUUUUGUCCACCUGCUUAGAUAUUGCCCAUUUUUUGUCUGUCCACCUGCAUAGAUAUUGCCCAUUUUAUAUCUAUGCAAUAAAUGUUUGACUAUGUCAGUUAAUGCAGUCAUGCACUUCACAUCCUCUGCUUUUUUUUCAUUCAAACUUUAUACAAAGAAUCUAUGAGCAAAAGUCAUUCACAUUUUUUGACUUCAAAUAUGAUUUCAUCUUUGAAGUAAGGAUCAUUAGGAAAUAGCAAUAAUACUGUUUUGCCAUUACAAAGAAAUGUAGAUAUGCUGGAACACUUACUGGGGUGAAUAUGGUAUUAUGCCAUUGGGGGGAAAAGUCCUUUGCCUCGAGAAUCCACUGUGACUCAAGCUUUAUUUUUAAAUUGAAACCUUUGGUGUAACAAGCACAAUAAUUUAAGGUUCCCUGGUUAUAUGAUCAUUUUUUAAAUACACAUGUCCAAGAAAGUAAUUUUUGUUUCUGAUUGUGUGGCUUUUUUAUAGAUGAAACUUGAUUUGUUUACAUGAAGAGACAGACAUCAUUGUAGGUCUGUCUGCUGGUUAUGAAUGAGUUUGGAACAGUAUUAUUUAUCCACAUUUUCACCAUGUAUUUAUUUCCAAAGCAUAGAAUUUUGUCUGUUGGAACAAAAAAAAAAUUGUUUUAUCAUGUUUUUUGUUUUUAAAACUACUGAUGAAAAAUUUAUUCAUUUCAUGUCGCAUCUAGUAUAUUUAUCCCGUUAUCCAAUGAUAUUGUUUGAAUGAAAGAAAGACGUGAAUUGAUAUUACAUACCUUGCCACGAAACCCCAGAAACAUUUGGGCUGUGUGUAGGUGGGGUAUAGUAAUGCACUAUUUAUAUUUGGAUAUGAUGAUCAUGCAUUCGUGUCCUUUUCUGAAGAUUCCUUUCAUCACAUUUGUUGUACACAUAGUAAUGUUGUGUGUGAGAUUUGACACAUCAUUUGUUUUGUUCAUCAGAGGUAUGUGAUAGAUUGAAUUGGUUCAGUUUCAGUCCGAAUAAUUUUUCAUUAUGUAUGAAGAAUUUUAUUUUAUUUUUUAUUAUAUGAUGUAUAUUAAUUCUAAUGGAACUUUGAAGUUAUCUAAAUGAAGCAUCUGUGAAAUAAAAAAAUGUAUGUUACAUUAUUUAACAUUGGGACUUACAUAACCUUUAAAAUGCUUUAAAACAAUCAAACCUUUGUCAAAACUGUCCAAAGUUCACUUUCUGAAUGCUUCAAAUUUCCAUGUCAUGUACAAUCAGUUCUAAAUUUGCAUUAGAUAGUUAUACAUAUCUGUAUAGGACAAAACAUUCUGUAAAAAAAAAAAAAAGAAAAACUGGCUUAAAAAAAAACAAAAGAAAAAAGAUGGAUAAAUGUGUAUUUUGUACCCAUGGAAACUUCUUUGGUUCCUUGUACAUGUAUGUUGCAGAAUUCACACAUGAUUGUCCAAUGGUGUAUGUGAGUGUAUGUGUCUGUUAGACAUGUAGUGAUUUUUUUUAAUUGACAUUGUAUGGCAUUAAUCUCCUAUGUACAAUACUCUUUUUAAUUUCGUACCUUUAUUUUUUAUGCGUACAAUCAUAUAUUAUAAUGUCCAUUGUAGCAUGUACUAUUCUUAACUGGAGGGUUAGUUGUGUGAAUUGAAUUCCAUUUUGCCUAAUUACUAUUCCUGCACUGAUGAAAACUGAAGGCAUUUGGCUUGGAUAGGUACUUCCACAACUUCGCUAGCCAAGUGUACCAUUUGCGAGUAAGUGAAUCCACAGGGGUAAGCCCGUUUUGGGCCAGAACUCAGUGAUACCAUAAAUAUAUCUGUAUUUAUGGUAUCAUAAGAGUUCAGGCCCAAAACGGGCUUAGCCCCUGUGAGUGAAUCAGACACUUGGCUAGUGAAGAUGGUACUUCCACAAAACGACUUAUUUUUUCGUGUUUUGUUGUAUCAUGUUAUUAUAAACGUAUUAAUCACCUGACGUUCAGGAAUUCUAAUGGAAGGUAUACAUGUGUAUGUAGAGUAGGAGCUGUGUAGUGCAAUGAUGAUUAAUACAUGAUAGAAUUCCUGAAUAUCGGCUUACAUUGUGUAAAUCUCACUGAAGAAUGGGGACUGAAGUAAAUCUGGAUUGCAUUUUGAAAGAUAUACAUAAAGCGAAAGUAAAAUUACAAUCUGGUUGUAUAUGUUAACUGGGAUCGUUUAUAUUUUUUAUUUAUUUAUUUUUUAAAAAUUAUUUGUUGUUUUAUUGUCUUGGGCAUCAUUUUAGAAAUGUAAUCCAGUCUUGGUUUUUGUUGUGUUUUUUGUUGAGAUUUUCACAAUGAAUUUUCACUUGAAAAAGUACAAAGAAAAAAAUUCCAUAAAUCGUGAAAGAGCAAAUGUUAUCAAAUUUCUCAUCACCAAGGAUAUAGAUCUAUGUGUUGGGGUCUCUAAGACAUUCUGUGAAAUAUGGUCAGGCUGAAAGGAACUUAACUAGUUUGAUUAUAUUUCAAAGCAUGCCAAAGAAACAUGCAAAAGUUUUUAACUCUGAUGUCAUGGCAGUCAAGAUAGCUACGAUAACAUUAGUGAAAUAGGCGGGAAGGAAAAUAAAUGUAUUAUUGUGGUUUCAGUCAAUUUCUCCAGCUUAAAAUUUCAUCAUUUCGCCUACAAAUGUUUUUAGUAAGUAAAUUCAUAAACGACUUAACGGUACUACCGUUUAGUGUCUUCAAAACAGAAACUGCUCCAUGUCGAUAAUUUGAUUUCAUGAUCUUACUCAACCACGAAAAUUUAGUGUUCAUUGAAUAAUGAUGAAACCACAGUAGGCAUUGAUUUCUGUACAGAAAGCAGAUUUUCAAAAUGACAGAAAAUUAAAUGUCCGAUUUUCAACUCUAUCUGUUAUGGAGGUGUUUUGUAAAGAUAGAAGGAAUUUGUCCCAUGUAAAGUACAUCUUUUAAUGCAAUCAUUCAUAUAUAACAAUAGAAACAUACUUUUCAUACAUGUAGAUAUAAAAUUCAUUUUAAAAAAAAAUCCCUUGAACCAUCUUUACUGUGCAUCAGUAUCAUCCCUUAUCUAAACUGAUUUUCAGAAUUAUAUUCAAGAAAAUUCUGGGGUUUUUUUUAAUAAGAGAAAUUGCUAACUGCACAAAAAUAGUAUUCUAUUAUGAAAAGUUGUUGAAAUAUUGGAAUUUUUUUUCUUUAUUUUUUAAAACUUUCUGCAAACAUUUCUGAAUUCCUUGGAUCCUAAUUGUCAGCGAUAAAGUUUGAAUUUCAUAUGUUAGUGACAGUGGUUUGGAGAUGCCAUUGACACCCUAUAUUGCCAAUUGUUUAGAGUUAUUUUUAUUUCUAAAUGUUCCCUCUUGCAAAAUUAACUUUCCAGACAUAAACUGAAAAAAAAAGUAAAAUACAAAAAAAAAAAAAAAAAAAAAAAAAAUGUAACCUCCAAAGGGGGUUAACUCAGUUUACUAAACAUCAUGUAUCUUUCAGUUUAAAACAUCCGUGGUCUUAAGCAUGCAAACUGUUAAUUCUUUCAGGAACAGAACAACCAAUUUCAGUUGUUGAGAAAUUUUGAUAAUAUAUGAAAUGCACAAGGUUGCCAAUCUUGUGUAGUCUAGAGUUGUGUAGACCCGAUAGACCGUGUUGUUAUGGUAUUGUCUGUGUAUUGUAAAGUUCAGCGACAUCUCUAUUUAAAUGUGUGGGACACUUACUAUUGGUCAGAUGUCAUGUGACACUGUUGAUGUAUACAUCUAUUUAGUAUAUACUUGCAAAAUUUUUGAAUUUCUUUUAAAAGUCUGUAUUUCGUUGAUGAAUGUGUAAAAAUAAACUUUUGGCUUCUA